UCGUGCCACUGCUCUCCAGCCUGGGCAACAGACUGAGACUCCAUCUCAACAAAACAAAACAAAAAGUGGGUGAGGCCUUCCGGGCAGGGGUCUGCCUGUGCCCGGGCUCCAGGAAUCGGCAGAGGGCAGCUGUGUCCCAGUGGUGACAUCUGGGCUGCUGCUACUACAAGCAGGAGGCUGACAGGGUGGCUCAGUUGCCAUAGCAACAUGAGGGGAAGUGACUCCGGAUGGACUGGGAGGGAGCUGUAGCCCCCACACCCGGCAUUUUCCAGCGGGGCCCGGCUCGCUUCACGUUCUAGUUUGUACCAACUGUGGGGAGCAGGCCCUGCUUUGUGGAGGCACUGCCCCCACCUUCCACUGUCCACCUCAGGUUUGCUGACCAGUUCCUGGGGUGAGGAGGGGGCACUGAGCCCAGCUGUGGUUGGUCACCCACCAUGUCGACCUUGCUGGACAUUAAGAGCAGCGUGCUCAGGCAGGUGCAGGUGUGCCCGUCCUUCCGCCGCAGGACUGAGCAGGAACCAGGGAGUGCCAGCGCCGACCCACAGGAGCCUGCCACGGGGGCCUGGAAACCUGGGGACGGCGUGGAGUUCUUUGCCCACAUGCGCCUCAUGCUGAAGAAGGGGGAAGGCAGACAGGGCCUGCCGUGCCCCGAGGUCCCCCUGCGCAGUGGCUCGCCAGCACCCCCAGAGCCUGUGGAUCCCAGCCGUGGCCUGAGAGCCCUGGUCCCGGAGGAGGUGGACAUGCUCUACGAGGAGGCCCUGUACACAGUGCUUUACCGAGCGGGGACCAUGGGCCCUGACCAGGUGGACGACGAGGAGGCCCUGCUCAGCUACCUCCAGCAGGUGUUUGGCACCAGCACUGAGGAGCACACGCAGACCAUCGAGCGAGUGAGGAAGGCCAAGGCCCCCACGUAUGCCUUGAAAGUCUCUGUCAUACGUGCCAAGAACCUUCUGGCCAAGGACCCCAAUGGCUUCAGUGACCCAUACUGCAUGCUGGGCAUCCUGCCUGCUUCGGACACCACGCGGGAGCCCCGUGCGCAGAAAGAGCAGCGCUUCGGCUUCCGCAAGGGCAGCAAGCGCGGGGGUCCCCUGCCCGCUAAGUGCAUCCAGGUCACCGAGGUGAAGAGCAGCACGCUGAACCCCGUCUGGAAGGAGCACUUCCUCUUUGAGAUUGAGGACGUGAGCACGGACCAGCUGCAUCUGGACAUCUGGGAUCAUGACGACGAUGUGUCCCUGGUAGAAGCAUGUAGGAAGCUGAAUGAAGUCAUCGGCCUGAAGGGCAUGGGCAGGUACUUCAAACAGAUCGUCAAGUCAGCCCGUGCAAAUGGGACAGCAGGACCCACCGAGGACCACACCGAUGACUUCCUGGGGUGCCUCAACAUACCUGUCCGGGAGGUGCCUGUGGCUGGUGUCGACCGCUGGUUCAAGCUGGAGCCACGCUCCAGUGCCUCGCGUGUGGAGGGAGACUGCCACCUGGUUCUCAAGCUGAUCACUACGCAGAGGGACACCGCCAUGAGCCAGCGCGGGCGAUCCGGCUUCCUGUCCCACCUGCUGCUGCUCAGCCAUCUGCUGCGGUUUGAGCACCCAGCAGAGGAGCCCAACUCCAGCAGCUGGCGAGGAGAGCUCAGCACACCAGCCGCCACCAUCCUCUGCCUGCACGGAGCCCAGAGCAACCUGUCACCCUUGCAGCUGGCCGUGCUGCACUGGCAGGUCAGCAGCCGCCACCAUCAAACCUGCACGCUGGACUACAGCUACCUGCUGGGGCUGCUGGACGACAUGCAGGCACACUGGGAGGAGGCGCCCUCACUGCCCCAGGAGCAGGAGGAGGGCCUCGCUGAUAGCUUUUCCGCCUUCUCUGAGUUCGGGCUGCAGCUGCUGCGCCAGCUCCGCGACUACUUCCCCGCCACCAACAGCACCGCUGUCUACCGCCUGGAGCUGCUGCUGAAGUGUCUGGGCAAGCUGCAGUUCUUCCAGCCCUCCUUUGAGAUCUGCCCCUUCGAGACGGAGCUGAAUAUGGACGUUGCUGCGGCCCUGAAGAGAGGCAACCGUGAGUGGUAUGACAGGAUCCUGAAUGCCAGGAGUCCCCGAGAGCAGCCAGGACCACAGCGCCUGCCUGGGCUGGUUGUGCUGGCCGACGCCAUCUAUGAUGACCUUCAGUCCUGCUACGGUGUCUAUGCCAGCCUCUUCCACAGCAUCCUCAAUGUGGACGUCUUCACCCUGACCUUCCGGCAGCUGGAGCGUCUGGUGGCUGAGGAGGCGUGGGUGCUGACAGAGGAGCUGAGCCCCAAGAUGACGCUGGAGGUGGCCUCGGGGCUCUUCGAGCUCUACCUGACCCUGGCUGACCUCCAGCGAUUCUGGGAUAGCAUCCCUGGCCGGGACAGCCGCUCUCUGGCCUUGGCUGGCAUCCACACCCCAUUCCUGCCUGCUGUGAAGCUCUGGCUCCAAGUGCUGCGGGACCAGGCCAAGUGGAGGCUUCAGGGAGCCGUGGACGUGGAUACACUGGAACCUGUGGACCCUUCCUCCAGGCACAGCAGCUCCGCAGCCACUGCUGGUCUCUGCCUCAGUCACAUCCAGGAGCUGUGGGUGCGCCUGGCGUGGCCUGACCCUGCCCAGGCUCAGGGGCUGGGCACCCAGCUUGGCCAGGACAUGUGUGAGGCCACGCUCUUCUACACGGAGCUGCUUCGGAAGAAGGUGGACACUCAGCCAGGGGCAGCCGGUGAAGCAGUGAGCGAGGCGCUCUGCGUGGUCCUCAACAAUGUGGAGCUCGUGCGCAAGGCUGCUGGGCAGGCCCUGAAGGGGCUGGCAUGGCCCGAGGGAGCCCCGGGACUCGAGGGCGUGCUCCCCCGCCCCCUGCUCAGCUGCACACAGGCCCUGGACGAUGACCUGCAUCGGGAGGCUCACACGGUGACAGCGCACCUGACCUCCAAGAUGGUGGGCGACAUCCGGAAGUAUGUACAGCACAUCAGCCUCUCACCCGACUCCAUCCAGAACGAUGAGGCCGUGGCCCCGCUCAUGAAGUACCUGGAUGAGAAGCUGGCCCUGCUGAACUCCUCGCUGGUGAAGGGGAACCUGAGCAGGGUGCUGGAGGCCCUGUGGGAGCUGCUCCUCCAGGCCAUUCUGCAGGCGCUGGGUGCAAACCGUGAUGUCUCUGCUGAUUUCUACAGUCGCUUCCACUUCACGCUGGAGGCCCUGGUCACUUUUUUCCACGCAGAGGGUCAGGGUUUGCCCCUGGAGAGCCUGAGGGAUGGAAGCUAUAAGAGGCUGAAGGAGGAGCUGCGGCUGCACAAAUGUUCCACCCGUGAGUGCAUUGAGCAGUUCUACCUGGACAAGCUCAAACAGGUAGGGAGGCGCCCGGGACAGGGUGCUGCCUCUGAGGCUCCCCGAGCCCAGCUGCGCUCACCCGCCUUUCUGCAGAGGACCCUGGAGCAGAACCGGUUUGGACGCCUGAGCGUCCGUUGCCAUUAUGAGGUGGCUGAGCAGCGGCUGGCUGUGGAGGUGCUGCACGCCGCCGACCUGCUCCCCCUGGACGCCAACGGCCUAAGCGACCCCUUUGUGAUCGUGGAGCUGGGCCCACCGCAUCUCUUCCCACUGGUCCGCAGCCAGAGGACCCAGGUGAAGACCCGGACGCUGCACCCUGUAUACGACGAGCUCUUCUACUUCUCCGUGCCUGCCGAGGCGUGCCGCCGCCGCGGGGCCUGUGUGCUGUUCACCGUCAUGGACCACGACUGGCUGUCCACCAACGACUUUGCUGGGGAGGCGGCCCUCGGCCUAGGGGGCGUCAGUGGUGUCGCCCGGCCCCAGGUGGGCGGGGGUGCAAGGGCUGGGCAGCCUGUCACCCUGCACCUGUGCCGGCCCAGAGCUCAGGUGAGGUCUGCGCUGAGGAUGCUGGAAGGCCGCACCAGCAAGGAGGCGCAGGAGUUCGUGAAGAAACUCAAGGAGCUGGAGAAGUGCAUGGAGGCGGACCCCUGAGUCCGUCACCUGCCGACCCCGGCCCUGGCCCCCACCCCGAGUUCCCUGAAGCAUCUUCCAGCUCACUGUGGCCAGCUUUGUGCAGCCAGGGCCCACGGCGCCCCUCCUGUGCUGUGACGUGUGUGUCGUGGCUGGCCCUGUGGCUCCCAUCGCCCUGGCCGUGUCCGUCUGGUGUGUGCUGUGAACCCCUGCACCCAACCCCACAUCUGGGUGGCCAACUUGGCAGGACCUGGCCAGAAGCUGCCUGGGACACAGUGCAGGCCACAGUGGGCUUGGCCACCAGCUUCAUUGCGAGCGCGCUGAGGCAGGAUGCAGAGCACAGCUGUGCUGGAAAUGCGGAGAGAACCCGGACAGCUCAGUCCUGCCAGCAGCCACGAGGAGCCGAGACUGCCAGGCCCAUCUACGUCCCUCAUGUCUCUAGAUCUUCUCGUUACCCAGCCUCAAAUAUAUAUGUGUCUGCAACCCUCA